AGUAAGAGCCUUCGUCUACCAUUCCUGCCUACCAUUGCAGUUGACCAGCCGCUGCUGAGGGAGGUGCAGUUCAGGAGAAGACAACUCGAACUACAACUUCAGAUGUCAGAACAGAUGAAAAAAGUGAGGCCAAAACAUUAUAAAUGCAGCAACGAUGAUGAACUUGAGAAGCUGAUAACAGUCUACGUGUCCAAGAACAAUCCGACGUUAGGAAUAAGUGUUACUCGUGGAUCCGAUCCCUGUAAUCCGGUCUUAAUAGAAAGCGUUCAUCCGGGAGGAGCAGCUGCACAGACUCAGAAAAUUCUACCUGGGAUGACGUUAAUUUCGAUUGAAGAUGAAGAUAUUCGUUGCGUCAGUCACCAGGCAGCUGUGUUUCUUAUAAGAAAGGCGUUUUGCAGUCACAAGCGUCCAUAUUUAAAGAUGAUACUAAGGAAGCCUAGCACAACCAACAGUCCUGAAACGGCAGCGAUUUGAUUAUGGAAACCCAUGCAGACAAUAACAAGAAGAAUUUUCACACAAUAACAUACUGUAUGGACAGUAAACUGGUGCCAGCCCCUUGUAAAUACCCCUCAUAGGUUAAAACGAGUGUAGGGAGAAAGCUCCAAAACUUACGCAAAACGUUACCUUUGUAUCACGUUUUGUGUAUGAAAUCUCCAUUGAACUAGAAUAACAUGUUCUUUUAUUCGCUUCAGUCGGCUGCGGUCAUGCUAGACGUAUCACCGAGAUUUUGGAUUUUUUCAUACGCUUCUUCUUUGGGUGAUUUCGUCAGGGUGAUGGAAUUUCAUAUCACCAAUCCUGUAUGUGCUUUUGCCCUGGUUGUUGGCCCAUUUGAUAUUUGAGGGAGUUUGACACCGCUGCCCUCAUAUGUUCCUCAUGUCUGGCUGUUGGUUCAUCCGGUAUUCUGGAGAGGAGAAUGUCUAGUUUCUUUUAUGAAGACAUUCACGUCCAUAUUGUGUAGGUUUCUUAAUUCUUGUGACAGGGUAUUGAAGACCUGUGGCCCUAUGAACCUUA